UUAUAUUAAAAGCGAUAGAUAAAAAGAUGAUGGAAGAGAGAGAGAAAGGGAAGUGAUGUGUUCCUUAUGGGAUUUCUCCACAAGCCACCAAAAACAGUUUGGUUAACAGACGAGUAAGGAGGAGCGCUGAAACCAAAAUAUGCACGAGGAAAAAAAACGAAAAAAAAAAAAACACCCAAAGUAAAAGUUCCUCCCUCGUGCAGGAUCGCUGGUUCGUUAGAGCGCGCGACAGUUUGCCAUUAAAGUCGAGCUGGAUUAACCCUGCGGUUCUCCUGUUGCUCAGCCUGAGUGUGGACCCUCAUGUUCUGGAGAGAUGAACAAACGGUGGAGGAGCUCAAAACGGCCACCAAAAACACGGACUCGACACAGGAGCUUUUUGAAGAAGUCUCGUGCUCCUCAUUGGCAUCCUCAGUAUCUCCCACUGCUUCUCCACCACAUGCAAUGACUGAGAAGGCUAUCUGCACGAGCUGCGGGACUGAAAUAGUAGAUAAAUACCUGCUGAAGGUAAACGACAUGUGCUGGCACGUGCGCUGUCUGUCCUGCAGCGUCUGCCAGACCUCACUGAGGAGACACAUCAGCUGCUACAUCAAAGAGAAGGAGAUCUUCUGCAAACUCGACUACUUCAGGAAAUACGGGACGCGCUGCGCUCACUGCGGCAGGAACAUCCACUCUAACGACUGGGUUCGCCGAGCCAAAGGAAACACCUACCACCUCGCCUGCUUCGCCUGCUUCUCCUGCAAGCGGCAGCUCUCCACCGGGGAGGAGUUCGCCCUGGUGGACGAGCGCGUGCUCUGCAGAGUUCACUACGACUGCAUGCUGGAUAACCUCAAACGAGCCAUGGAGAACGGUAAAGGUGUGAAUGUAGAAGGAGCCGUACCUUCAGAACAGGAGGCCAAUCAGCCCAAACCAGCCAAAAGAGCACGAACCAGCUUCACAGCUGACCAGCUACAGGUAAUGCAGGCUCAGUUUGCUCAGGAUAAUAACCCGGACGCUCAGACGCUGCAGAAACUGGCUGAAAGGACCGGACUCAGCCGCAGAGUUAUUCAGGUUUGGUUUCAGAACUGUCGGGCUCGUCAUAAGAAGCACGUGAGUCCGAAUCACUCGUCCAGCACGCCGGUGUCGUCCCUGCAGCCGGGCCGGCUCUCUCCUCCGCUGAUGGAGGAGCUGCAGUACGCCGCGUUCGCCCCGGUCGACACCCCCAUGCUCACCGCCCUGCACUCCUAUAUGGACGUUCGUUCUCCGACAUCGCUGGUGUUCCAGCCCCUCCUGCCCCAUUCGAUGACACAGCUGCCAGUCAGCCAUGCCUGAGACACAAGCCCCGCCCCCUGCAGCCAAUCAAUCAAUCAAUCGAUCAAUCAGAACGGAGUACAGAGGAGGAAGCGUGAGGAAGUUCUGAUCCGCUAUAGACUGAGUCUCGCCCCAGGACCCGCACUGUUGAGUCGGUCGUGGGCGCACACUGAAGGAUGUGUAUCUGUCGACGGUCCGGGAGAAAGAUCUCGAUGUAUUUGUGAAAAAGGCUGAAGUUUUUCUUUUUGUUUAAUAUAAAUAUAAUAUCUAUAUAAUGGUUGAAAACAUCACAUUUAAUUUAUUUCCUGUAUGUGCCUGAGCACUUUGUUUUAAAAUAAAUCUAUGGAAGUUUUUGUUCUGUUUUUGUCGGUGCACA